ACAGCACCACAAUGCUCUCUAAAAUGUGAUUUACAUCAAACAAAUGACUCUCAUGUUACUGCUAAUAUAUUCCUUCCUUUGCGGGUACAGUUGUUUACAUAAUGGGACAGUUCUGGUCCAUUUAUGUUGGUGUCCCAGUUUCCUAUGAGGUCUCUUACAGCGUAAGGCUCAUGAGAAUUGAACAGACACACACAGAGGACACAACUUGCUUUUGAUAUUUUGACUUUUCUAAACCAGCAAUGGAAAUUGAAAUCAUUGAUAUGGGUGAGCAGGCUUUCAUUUUAAUCAACGCUCCUCUCAUCCUCCUCAACCUCGCUGCGAACAUCUUCUAUGCAUGCUGCUUGAUCUUCCCACCGCGCAACGCACCAAGACUCAAGCAGCCUUUAAAGAUGCUACUGGGAUGUCUUUUCUGGAGCUCAAUUGGUUAUUGUGUCUCUUUGGCUUUACUGUAUUGUGUGUUAAAGGAAAAGAAACACCUCAUUAUGUCCAUUCUGUUGUGGGUGAUUGUGCUGUUCUUCCUGCACAAUAGCAUGUCAUGCUCUGUUUGGCUGAACUUCUACUACUACAUCCAGAUCGUCCCUGCACAGCGCGCUCUCAUGGUCUGGGUAAAGAGGAACAUCAAGUCUGUCAUGAACAUGGCUUUGCUUUUUGACGGGACCCUUUUUUUCUUCAGUGGUGCCAUUUAUUCUGCAAUUAUGAUAUUAAAUGUCAAGACGUUUACUUAUAUCAACGGUACAGAGACUGGACAUCAGUUUGAUGGACUGCACUUCACAGAAGAAGUUUGUAUCUACAUCAACAAAGUGAAUAUCUUUUUAAGUCUGUGCAUAAUGACAGUUUCUAGCUUUUCCACGGCCCGCUACCUGCACAGACACAUGAAAAGUGUGGCACAGGGCUUCUCCACUCCAAGGAUUCAAAGUCAGAUGAGAGUCACCAUCACUGGGAUCUCUCAAGGAGUGUUCUACUUCCUCUAUGGCACUUUCUAUAUCUAUGGUUCGUUCACCAGCAUCCUCCCCUCACCUCACGGCUUCGGUCCUUGGAUCUCCUUUACGGCCACCUCGCUCUACAUAUCAGGCACCACGGUCAACCUGGGCAUCGGUCAGGCUGUAUGCAGGCAAAGGGCAGCCGACGGCUGGAAGGCACUCAAAGCACUGUGUGGUGCUGGCAUGUGUGAGGUUUAA